CUCAGAACUGAAGAAGGGCAUGCCUAGGGCUGCUGUGCGCUCAUCACCAACACCUAAUGUGCAUAAAAGAGGAGUGGCAGCCAUGCACUAGAGCUGGCUGCUGCAUUGUUUCUCUUUCUUGUCUCUUUGCAAUUACGCAAUCUUAUUUCCUACUUUGUACUUUAAGGCUAUUCUCCCCCUAUGGCAACCACAAAGACCGAGCAGCCGGCUAAGCAGUGGCAAAUACACUUUAGCAUGCCGACUCGCAAGGACAUCCGAUACGUGUUCAAGCCGCCCCCCGAGGAGAAGCACCGGCGAUGGCGCCUAUUCAAGUCGUAUAUCGUCGACUGGAUAAUCGUGGUCAUUGUCAAUGCAGGCGGUGGAGCAUUUGGGGCGCUGGGCCCUCGACACCGCGAGUUCUCGCUACACGACCGGUCGAUCCGGUACUCGCACCACUACUCGUACGUGCCUGAUUUUGUGCCGCCCCUUGUUGGCUACGCCUCGCCCGUCCUCAGCGCCAUUCUGUUCCUGAUAAUCCGGCGACGCAACUGGCAUGACUUCCACUGCGCAGUGCUGGGCAUCUUCCUGGCCAUGGGCCUGAACAACAUUGCAACCAACGUGCUGAAGAAUGCGUGUGGACGGCCGCGCCCAGACUUUAUCGCGCGGUGCAAUCCAUCGGUCGACAAGGACCCGCCGCUGAAGCUGGUGGACUACACUGUGUGCCAGCAGACGGACCUGUCGUACUUGCACGAGGGUAUGCGAAGCUUCCCGUCGGGCCACGCGUCGCUGUCGUUCUGCGGGCUGACGUUCACGGCAUUAUACCUGGCGUCGCAUUUCCGCUACAAUGACCAGCGCGGCCACGCGUACAAGUCACUUGUAUUUUAUGUGCCGUUGUUUUGUGCUACCCUGAUCGCCGUGUCACGGACUGCUGACUACCACCACCAUUGGAGCGACGUACUGGCGGGAUCGGUCAUGGGGUGCUACAUUGGGUGGUUCGGGUACCGCACAUAUUUCCCGCCUGUGUUUGACCCCAUGGUUCUGUCCGAUAGGCCGUAUCCGAGACGCAUCCCGAAGCCCGCGAAUCUGGCACACAUCGGGUACAGCAACGGCCACCUUUUGCCCGUGGAUGAGGACCCGUACCAAGUUGGCUCGUCGGGUCACAGCUCAAGUCUGCAGCUGACACGGCCGCAUGCGUCGAACACACAAAUGGCAGCGACUGAGCAGCCGGCGGUAAUUCAGAUCGACCCAGAGAUCCAGCCGCCCACCAGCCUUACAAUGCCUGCCGACUCGCUCCAUGUCAACAUGGUCCGAGCCUCACGCCAAGUCGCCCAUGAGGAGCCUGCGCCCAAACAACCAGCAGCAGGGGCGUCUGAAUAAUUCUUCACAUUGUGUGUAAAAUUUUGGUAAUAUAGGGGUAUUUAUUGCU